UGGCAAACCGAUUGACUUCAUGGUGGUUAAACCAGUACCUACAGUUGGAGAUUAUAGAAACCUAAGUUAGCGUGCACGCCACAGUGACAUUCAACAAAACUAAAAACACACCUGGCCAUCUGCAGAUGACGCGGCAAUAUUAGUCUAUCUCAAGAAAGGAGAUGAAAUGAAGACUUAGUACAAAAAUGAUGCAUACUAACUGUCGAAACUGAAUGACAAGAGACACCGAUCAGAAUUCAGAUCCAGAUGCCAACACGGGAUAUGGAAUGGAAAAAAACCGAUCCUCAAAACACAUGACCACCGCAGGGGUCGAACCUGCAAUCUCCUGAUCACGUAAUCGUAGUCAGACGCGAUGCCAUUUCGCCAGGCGGCCGUUGGAACAACGUGAAUGUACAUGCACUAUACGCUGAAGACGGGAUAAGAUUGCCCAUAAUCGUCAGUACAACAAUUCAACUACCGGACCUUCUCUAUGUCCGUCUUGUUCGAAACUUCUCUAGGCGACCUCGUCAUCGACCUUGAGGUGGAGCAGUGCCCAAAAACAUGCGAGAACUUCUUGAAACUUUGUAAGGUUUACUACUAUAAUUUGAAUGCAUUCUUCAAUGUAUCCAAAGAUUUCCUAGCUCAGGCUGGUGAUCCCACUGCCACGGGAACAGGUGGAGAAUCAAUAUGGUCAUAUGUUGCCUCGCAAGGGGAGAAGGAUGCCACAGCCGCCCGGUAUUUUGCCCCAGAAUUCGUCCCAAAGUUGAAGCACACCCAUAAAGGCACAGUGUCCAUGGCCGUAGCACCCUCUGUGAACGACGAGAAAGGUGGUUGCGGCAGCCAAUUCUUCAUCACACUUGCAGACAACAUAGACUAUCUCGACGGGAAGCAUGCAGUUUUUGGUCACGUCGUAGAAGGGUUGGAAACGCUGGACAAGCUGAAUGACGUCUUCACGGAUCAAGAUGGGAGACCAUUCAAGGAUGUGCGGAUCAGACACGUCGUUAUUCUUGAUGACCCGUUCCCUGACCCGCCCAGCCUAGUCCAACCUCCGUCAUCUCCUACUCGACCCCCAGAUAAUUCUACUAGGAUUGCAGAAGAUGAAGACCCCCUUGCCACUCUUCCGGAUGAGGAAGAGGAGCGUAUACGCCGCGAGAAGGCCGCAGCAGCCUCUGCCCUAACGCUUGAAAUGGUUGGCGAUCUGCCUUUUGCCAACGUCCGGCCUCCAGAAAACGUCCUUUUCGUGUGCAAACUCAACCCUGUCACACGAGACGAAGACUUGGAACUCAUCUUCUCCAGAUUCGGCACCAUUAUGAGUUGCCAAGUCAUUAGGGACAAGAAAACGGGCGACUCAUUGCAGUACGCUUUCAUAGAAUUUGAUAAGCGAGACGACGCAGAACAGGCCUAUUUUAAGAUGCAAAAUGUAUUAGUAGAUGAUCGACGUAUUUGGGUAGAUUUCUCGCAGUCUGUGGCACGGCUCAAUACUACCUGGUCCAAUAACCCCAAAGUGGGACUGCAUAGCAAAGAAAGGGGCGGGUUUGGCGGUCGUGAAGACUUGGAAGAAACUCGACGAUACCGGGCAGCUGGAAGAAGCGAUGGCAGAAAUGGUUAUGGAAUGGUGUUUGAAGUUCCAGAUGACAAAAGAACUUCAUCACGCAGGAGUAGACAUGAUCGAGAUAGGGAAGACCCUCGGGAUCGACGCCGACGCUCCGGCUCUCCUGUGCCACGCAACAGAUCUGGAGAAAGGCGCCGCAGCAGAGAUAGAUAUUCUCGGGAUCACAGGACACGCCACUAG